UUGUUGCAGCUAAAAUUUAUUGUGUAGAAACCUCGUGGUGAGGAAUACAGUGAACACACAGAGACGCAAAAUCCAUCAUUUAUUGGAAUAAGUAGUAGAAAUUUGGAACUAGUUAAUUCAAUAAUGGAUAGACAAAUCCUAGCUUCGUCGUCUUCGUCUACCAGCGCCAAUUCUGCCAAUCCUCCGCCGUCGGAGGAUGCGUGGUUCAACACUUAUCUCAACCUAAUUCCUCAAUGGCAAUCUGUUCACACGGAGAUGAUCCCAGUUGAAAUAUCUAGAGUUAAUCAGGUAGAUGCUGGAAGGCUUGACGUUGAAAUGUCAGCCAUGUUAAAAGAACAGUUGGUUAAAGUUUUUUCUUUACUGAAGCCAGGAAUGCUAUUCCAAUACGAGCCUGAACUCGAUGCAUUUCUUGAGUUUCUUAUAUGGCGAUUUUCAAUAUGGGUUGAUAAGCCUACACCUGGUAAUGCUCUCAUGAACUUGAGGUAUAGGGAUGAACGUGCAGUUGAGCCAAUGGUAAAAGUUAGAAUGGGGCUGGAGGGGCCAGGAUUAACUGUUUCACAGAAGAUCUGGUACUGUAUAGCAACUGUUGGUGGUCAGUAUAUUUGGGCCCGACUUCAAUCAUUUUCUGCUUUCCGUAGAUGGGGUGACACUGAGCAGAGAUCACUAGCUCGUCGGGGUUGGUUUAUCUUACAACGUAUAGAAGGAUUUUAUAAAGCUGCAUCCUUUGGAAACCUGCUCAUAUUCCUUUUGACAGGAAGGUAUAGGAGCCUUACUGAGAGAGCCUUACGAGCGAGACUUGUCUAUGGAAGUCCUAAUAUGAAUCGAUCUGUGAGCUUUGAGUACAUGAACCGGCAGCUAGUGUGGAAUGAAUUUUCGGAAAUGUUGUUGCUGCUUCUUCCACUUCUCAAUUCGUCGUCCCUGAGAAAAGUUCUCCGUCCAUUCUCAAAAGAUAAGUCUUCAAACUCAGAAGGGGAUGAUGCUGUAUGCCCCAUUUGCCAGACAACUCCAACCACUCCAUUUUUAGCUCUUCCGUGUCAGCACAGGUAUUGCUACUAUUGCCUUCGAACAAGAUGCGCAUCCAUGUCUUUCCGGUGCUCCAGGUGUAGCGAACCCGUUGUUGCAAUGCAACGAUAUGGGGACUCUGUCUCCAGCGAAACUUGAUGAAAGAGUUACACAAGAUUAUCUGGUAUCAGUUCUACCUUUCAAGUUUGAUGAAAAGUCUGAAUCCUAAGAUCAGUUUACAGGCUUUUCCAAUUAUCCGACCCUUUGAGGUACACGAGGAAUGCCAAUGAGCCCAACGGUGAAGGCCCUUGGUCUAAUAACCAAAAAAGAAAUUAAUUACCAAUUAUGGAGGGAUGAUAUGUGAGCUCCUUAUGUGAGCAUCACUUUCGUUUGAUGCAUGUUUAACGUUGUUUGUUUUGAUUUAUAUAUUUAGUUUGAUUCUAAUA